AUGGAGGACGAGGACUUUUUACUUGACGACACAGACGCAUUGCGCGAUUUGAUAGAUGACGAGAGUGAGACAGAUGAGGCCAUAGUGUUCUCUGACGAUGAAAUCAUUCCUGAAGACGACGAUCCCGAUGACGAGGAUUUCGAGGUAGAGCAAGAUAAUUUCGGGUUCAGCGACGAGGAGCUAGACGAGGAAGAUAUCGACGAGGACUUUGAGUUCCGCAAUGCACUUCGAGAAGCCAGGAAUUUCAAGCCCAAGCCGGCAAAGGGCAAGAAGACUCGCGGGUUGGCUGCGAUGAGACGGAGGAUGCGCAGAGAGGAGCUUUCACCAGAGGUGAAGCAGCUUCUCUCUGAAGCCAACGAAGCCUUUGUGCGCAAUGAUCUCCAAACUGCACAGAACUUGUAUCUGGAAGUGGUGAAGCUCGACAAAAAUAAUUUCAGUGCUUACAAGACGUUGGGAGAGAUAUACAGACUUCAGGGAAAUUACAACAAAUGCUCCAACUUCUGGCUAUUGGCCGCUCAUCUUCACUCAUGGGACUUUGAGUUCUGGCGCACUUUGGCAGAAUUGUCUGUAGAGCUCGAACAUACCCGGCAGGCCGUCUACUGCUACUCAAAGGCUAUAUCUGCCAGCAAUGGCAAGGACUAUGACUCGAUCUUUGCGAGGGCUUGUCUGUAUCGCGAGCGUGGUCAGUUCAAGCGAGCUAGCGAUAGUCUGCACAAGCUACGGGCCAUCAUGCCUCAAGAGCCCAAGAUAUACCGUGAACUGGCGAAAAUAUAUGUUGAGGAAAAUCGCGUCAAUGAUGCAAUCAGCAUGUACACCAGGAUUUUCGAGGAGAAUGUCAAAUUUCGCCGCGGAGAAAAGACCGAGCUGAAGACCAUUGCGUUUGACUGGUCUGAGCUGAACAUUCUGCUGGAGCUCUACGGGAAGAAAGCGGCCUGGAACGUUGCAAUCAAAACACUCAAGCAGGCCUCGAGAUGGAUCCAACGCCGGGAGUCGCAGAUAUUUUGGGACGAUCUGCCAUCUGUGGAUGUCGAAUUUGAUGAUCGCCGAUUUGAUAACCAGAAAUUCCAGGCCUUAAAAACAGAAGAAAAAGAUAAAGAGUACUCUCUUCCCAUUGAUAUUCGAGUUCAGCUGGGACUAUUCAGAUUAAACUCAAAAAAUACCGACGAAGCGCUCAGACAUUUUGAAUAUGUUCUGAGAGAGAACAUUCAAGAAACUGCUGAUCUGUUUCUGCGCAUUGGCUCCGAGCUGGAAACUUUUGGUUUAUAUCACGAAGCAUUGCGAUAUUUCUAUCCUGUGUCAGGGGUUUACGAGAAUAAUCCUGCUGAGCUGGUCCUGAGUAUUGCCAAAUGUCUUCGAGAGACAGAAGAUUUCGAAAACGCAAAGGAGGCUUAUACCCGUCUUUUGGAGCACGAUCCAGAUAACGUCGAAAUUAAGGUGGCCUUGGCCGAGGUCUACUUUUAUCUUGACGACAUACAGAGUAUGAGCAAGUUGUAUAAGGAGGCCAGAGAGCAGCGCAGCAAAGAACGGGCCAGUGCGCGCAACAACCUGCUGAAAGAUUCUGAGGACGAACAGGAAGAACGGGACGAAGAGAUGAGCGACGAGCAGAGUGCAAGAGACUCUGAACAACUUGCGUUAAUUGCUGAAUACCCGUCUUCACGGAGAUUGAAGAAAAAGAAGGUUCUUCCUUUGGAUCCCGAGCUUCUGCAUAAGAAGGAGCUGAAAUCGACCACUCGCAUCAACGAGCAGUACGUGCGCGCAAACAGGCUGCUCGAGCGACUGGAGGACGACGCCCAGUCUCUGGGACACGAGAGACACGCGAUUGCGUCGAUGUGGAUAGAUCUCGUUUCUGAGCUUAUCGAGGUUUUCUCUACAUACCGCUGCUUUUUUUCCUCCGACAAGGCGAAGAAGUUCAACAGCGGGCUGCGUCGUAGAACAGAAAAACUGAGCAUCGAUCAGAAAUUGUCGCGACUUCCUUAUCUGCAGGACGAGAUAAUUUUGUCGAAGGAGAUGGACUCGGGAAGGAUUCCUAUUCCUCAGAAUGAAUUCAAGGGCAUUUCGUUUGAAAAGUGGUUUGACUUGUUUAUGAAGUACUCUCUGAUGAUUUCCGAGUACGAGGGAAAUGUGGAGGAUGCGCUUUCAAUCCACGAAAUAGCGCGCCACAUCAACGUUUUCAAGAAAAAGGAGCUCACGAUUACGCUUCUUGGUCUUUCUGUUGGUUUUAUCACCAACGAGGUCUCCGUCAUAAUGAAUCAUUUGCGUAUGCUGAUGAACGACUACCAGUUUUCUGUGCCCGCAUUGAAGACCUUCUUGGCCGCCUGCAAGCCCACAGAGUUGUUUUACCAUCCAUACGUGGACGCCCCAAAUCAGAAAUAUAUUCUUCGUCAGAUCAAGACUCACGAUUCGCUCAAAGAAAAACGCGAUAUUUCAGGAAUGGCAGCUAUCACCAAUACCAAUGUUGAUACGGAGAAGUUUCAUCCGCUUCUGAAUUACAUCUACUCCACCUUCCUGUAUAUGAACAAAUCGUAUACCGCUGCAUUGACGUACAGUCUGAAAAUAUACAGAGACUACUACAACGAUCCGUCGCUGGUGUUUCUGAUGGGCCUUGCAAACCUCCACCGCUCGAUGCAGCGACAGACGAUCAACAAGAAUUUUCAGAUAAUCCAGGGUCUGACUUUCAUGCUGGAGUACGCACAAUUGCGCAGGGCUGGAGGCGGCUACGAGAUGGAGAUUAAUUACAACCUCGGUCGCACCUUCAACCUUCUUGGGCUGAACACACUGGCUCUUCAGUUCUACGAACAGGUGCUAUUGCUUGAUGAGCCUGAUGACGCGUAUAAUUUGAAAUACGAGGCAGCCUAUAAUAGCUACCUGAUUUAUUGCUACAAUGGAAAUUUCAAACUGGCGGAAGAAUUAAUGGAUAAAUAUUUCGCCGCACUUCACUCGUAUAUCCGAGGCUACGACAAAGAUAGGCUUUCUAGAGAGCUCGAGCGAGCGGAGGAUCCCGUAGAUAUAGGGCUGGUUAGGUUUCAGGCGUCAGACUAUCUCCAACAACUCGAAUGUUGCAAUCUGUUAUGGGUAAUUAGGGGGCUAAUUACCGAGCUUUCAGCGUCUUUGGGCGGUGAGGUGGUAUUUGACAGUGCUGUGAGCAACUAUAAGAAAUUGCUGGCUAAGGUCAAGGACUUAAAGGAGAUGAUAGCCGGCGAGGCCAUAAUAUUGACGGAAAUCAACAAGCAAGCAGAGGCCUUUGGGGUGCAAUUAAAGCAGGAGAUGGUCUCGCUUUCUUCAAACUAUAUCAGUUUCACAAAUGAUUCCCUGCGGUAUAAAAACGAACACAAUGAUCUGAGUUUCCUCGAUUAUCUUAGUUGGAGCUACGAAUUUUGCACCUUGACGGAGGACGAGUUUAUGCACUAUUUUGGUUUCAAUAAGCUUUUUGGCAGAAUAUUAUCUGCGAACAUGGGUCGGGCAAACAAGCUGUCGUAUGAUGGAGAACAGAUAGUUCUUGAAUUCGGCAACCAGACAACGUUUUCUGGGUUUCUUCAGAGCGUCGAAAAUACUAUUAAUUUCUUCAACCUCUUUAUGGACCACAACAGAAACGCUGAAAAGAAUCAUCUUGGAGCCAUCAAAUUGAACGUGUCUAAACUCCUUAUGGCAGCACUAAAGCAGCGUAUGUUUGACUCUGAGAACAUAUACUCGUUGAUCUUGAGCAAAUACGGGGCCGGCGACCGCAAGACAAUUGGCCAGUUGCAGGUCAUAUCCGAGCUCUUAACUCAAGAUGGGUGGUCAAGAGAUGGUUCCUGUGAUCUCGAGUUCUGGAUUGACGAUCUUGUCAGCUACUGGGUGGAGACGCUGGUUGACAAGAAAAUUGAUGAAAUAAAAGAAAUGGCCAUCAGUGGCGAACUCCGAAACCUUGAAAAGGAAGAGCUAUGUGAGAAAGAUGCAGAACCAGCAAACGAAGAGGACUGGAACGACGAAUGGGACAAGGACUGGGAUGAAAACUCAGAAACACCAGAAAGCGCAAAUGAGGUCGCAGACGAAGACGGCUGGGACGCAUGGAAUGAGGACUGGAAGGACGACAAAAAUGAUCUAGGCGUCAAGUCCAUCUCAACAAACAGCAAGUCGUCGAAUGUCUCCGCCACAGUGAAAUACUCCAGCGUUUGCAGUUGGGUGAAAAAUUUGGUGGCAGAUUAUUACAACAACUACGAGCAGCUUAGGCUGAAAGCUCAGUCUGUGGAAAAUGCAGAGCAUUUGUUCAAGCUGAAUAUCAAGAAGCUUGUGAUGUGUUAUUUCAUGGUGGUGAGCGAGUCGUACAGUGGCUGGGUCUCGUUUUACACAGAUUACUCCAAAGUCAUUGACGAUCUAGCUGUCAAGUACUCUGUGAACCUAGAGUCCUGCUACGCCUUAAGACAGAGGUUCCGUAUUCAGCACGUUCAGCAAUACCUUGAGGCAAUAUUCAAAGCUAUCCGUCCGCACGAGGAUGUUUUGUUCCAUGACAACAGCUACGAGAACAGUGUCCGUGAGCGCCACUCUAAGAGUCUGCUGCGUGAGCUGGACCAGAUUUUUGGUGAAAUCAAUAAAGAUUACGUGAACGGAACGGGAGUGAACAACGUUCUAGUGCACGAGGUGGCCAGCUCGAUCGUCACCCAGCUGGCCACAAGCGAGCUGAUAGGACUGGUCAAGAGCCUGUUCGUGGACUCUUCGCUGCGCCAGAGCGUAAUUGACGAAAUUCUAGAAAUGAGAAGUAAUUGAAUAUAAA